AUGAUGGUUACAUUGAAUUUGACAAAUUUCAAUCCAGACUACUUCAUUUUGGCGGGGAUCCCAGGGCUGGAGCAGUUCUACAUCUGGAUUGGAAUUCCUUUCUGUACCAUCUACCUUGUGGCUCUUGCAGGUAAUAGCAUCCUUCUGUACCUCAUCGUUAUGGACCGCAGCCUCCACAAGCCCAUGUUCUUCUUUCUCUCAAUGUUGACCUCUACAGACCUCAUAUUAUGCACCACGUGUGUCCCCAAAACACUUGGCAUAUUCUGGUUGAAAGCUCAUGAAAUCACAUUUCCUGGAUGCCUCACCCAAUUGUUCUUUCUCCACUUCAGUUUUUUUGUGGAUUCAGCCAUCUUAUUGGGCAUGGCAUUUGAUCGUUACAUGGCCAUUUGCUCCCCUUUGAGAUAUACCAGUGUCUUGACACCUAGAACAAUUGUCAAGAUCAUGGUGGGCCUUGUUGGUCGUAGCUUUAGUGUCAUUUUGCCUGUUGUUUUCCUAGUGAAGCGUUUGCCCUUCUGCAGGACACAUCUCAUCCCCCACACAUACUGUGAGCAUAUAGGAGUCGCCCGACUUGCCUGUGCCGACAUCUCCAUCAAUAUCUGGUAUGGCUUUGCUGUGCCUCUAAUGACUAUUAUCUCAGAUCUAAUCCUCAUUGGUAUUUCCUACACUCUCAUUCUUCGUGCUGUUUUCCACCUUCCAUCCAUAGAUGCCCGCCAGAAAGCCCUCAGCACCUGUGGUUCUCAUAUUAGUGUCAUUCUCAUAUUCUAUACUCCAGCCAUGUUCUCCGCCCUCACGCAUCGCUUUGGCCACAAUAUCCCUCAUACCUUUCACAUCGUGUUUGCCAACCUCUAUGUGGCAAUCCCUCCUGCACUCAAUCCCAUUAUUUAUGGUGUAAAGACAAAGCAGAUUAGGGACAAGGUCAUCCUUCUAUUCCUUUCUAAAGGGAUGCAAUAA